AUGGAAAAAGAUCGGCAGUGUCAAGCAAGUCCCAUCGAAACACUGUCGGUCGAGCUCGUGCACUUGAUCCUCUCUGCCGUGCCAGAUGUCGAAUCCCUGCGCGCCGCAGUCUUGUCGUGUCCGUUGUUCUAUGGUUGUUUUCUAGAGGCAGAGGCAUCCACCACAGCACUGGUCCUGCGGAACCAGAUCGAUGAUAGCGUGCUCCCUGAAGCGAUGGCCGCCGCUGCUUCUUUGCAGCUGCGGCCCCAUGGUGCGCAGCAAAAUGACAAAGACGCGGUCGAGCAUUUCGUCGCUAACAGCCUCCGCCGGAGAUCUAUGCCUCCCCGGUCUUUGUCGCUGCGGGACGCGCUUCUGCUUGGGCGACUCCAUAUCUACGUGGACCGCUGGGCCACCAAGUUUGUGACUGCGGCUUUGGGCCAAGAUGCCCUCCACAAAUCCCAGCCAGGAUUGGCCGCGACGUACCAAGAGAUAUGCCGCAUCGAGCGAGCAUUGUACCGCAAUGAAAUCUAUUGCAACCUUUUCCGGGAAGUCCCGACGAAGCAGUCGAUUACUAGUCUGACCCGAACAACGCCAUCCAUCUUGUACGCCGAGCAAAAAGAGCUCUUCUUUGCCAAUUUUGCGCGCUGGGAGAAUGAGCAGCUUGGCUGCAUACACGACUUCCUCGCACGCGCUGUGUCGCCAUCUUUCGAUGACGUCGCAGAGCAUGAUAUCUCUUGGGGUGUCUCGUGUGUGCCAUACGGCGUCGGGGUGGGCUCACCUCCUCUUGAACACGUCCUAUCAUGGGGCCUUGCGAGGUUGUAUCAUCUUACGGAAGCAGAAACAUAUGAGGAACGGUACCGGCUCUUGGAUGCCGGCCGAAACCCAGCGCCCACGUAUUCCUUCCUCUACGAAGGGCUACAAAUGGCAGCAAACGAAUAUGACAGUAUCGUCUUCUACGAUGACAUACAGCCGGAGGACGAAGCUCGCUACUUCCAUACGCCAUUCUUUGCGGACCCUGAUACUGGACCGGCGGAUGUCUGGCGCUGGGCACAUAUAGAUGAAAGCUGGCAAAACUGGGUAUACCAAGAGGAUCGUAGCCAUCUGCGUCGGUGGGCAUACGUCCUGUGGGAUCGGGCGCGUCUGGAGGCAACUGGCAUCUUUGAAACUCCAAUGGAGAAUCUGAUUAGGUCGAGGGAGGAGUAA